AUGGCUGGUGUAUUGUUUGAAGAUAUUUUCAAUGUAAAAGACAUUGAUGCUGAAGGCAAAAAAUUCGACCGUGUUAGUCGUUUACAUUGCGAAUCAGAGUCCUUUAAAAUGGACUUGAUACUAGACAUCAACAGUUGGCUUUACCCCAUGGAGCUUGGUGAUAAAUUCCGUCUAGUCCUCGCCACGACGUUGAGAGAAGACGGAUACCCUGACGGAGGAGAUUGGACAGCAAUCGAGCAAGAAGGAGGAUCAAGGGCGGACAGUUUUGAGUACGUUAUGUCCGGCAAGGUUUAUCGUAUGGAAGGUGACGAGUCGACUAACGAACCAGGAAGCCGUCUCUCUGCCUACGUUUCUUUUGGGGGACUUCUGAUGAGACUCCAAGGAGACGCAAACAAUCUCCACGGGUUUGAAAUCGACCAGCACAUGUAUUUGUUGAUGAAAAGACUUGCCUUUUAG